UUCAUGCGGUGGCUCUGCGAAGACACUGCCUAAACCUGGUGGAACCCAGAGACAUAUUACCCUUUCCUUCUUCCUAGAACUGUCGAUCCGUGACUCUGAGCAGCCCUCAUGAUAUGGUAGGGCUUGAUCAGAAUGUACAAUUCCCAGCCAGUUAUGACGUUUCCUCUACAAGCAUUGGUGCUUCUCUUCCCUCUGCUAACUCUUGUUCAUGGGGGUCGAAAUCAUCAAACCAGCCCAAGGCGAUCGACUGAACGCCAUGGAUGGCCUCACUGUGAGAUGGAAAUAUAACUGCUUACACGACCCUUUGGAGGCCGAUUUCCAGAUUGGGCAAGAAGGACACAGUAUUGAUUCACAUGCACUAGUCAAACUUAACGCCAGUUCUAUAGCGUUUGAGUCUGAGCAUGUUACAGGCCUUCUGGGUCCAUCUGCAUUCGUGAGGAUAUGGAACGCCGACUGGAUAGACACCAUGAGUGUUAAAGGACUCGCCAAAUCCCAAAUGGCUCCCUGCCCACCACAGAACAACCCAAGACGACGGUGACGCUGACAGCGAUUCCUGAUCCUAUACUGAGGAAAGCAGCCAAGAAGUUUCCACAAGUAUGAAUGCAGGAAUUGGAGUUGGCAUAUCCGUUGGGGCGAUCAUGAU